AUGCCCUUUGUCCAGAUCCACCGUUACCAGCCGGAAUUCUGGCGGGAGCUUACUGAGCGCCCCAGUGAUCCGGACCAACGGCCUACUCCAAAUCCACCUACUGUUGCCGGGGGACUCAUCGAUCCUAUCAGCUCAACUGAGGUUUUUCAAAAUCCCCGCCUAAUGCAGGAUUCUGCGGCGGGCACUGACGGACUGUUUGUAAAGGAUCUGCUGCGGUGGCCGCCGGCUGCCAUAGCUGGUUAUUUGAACGUGAUUCUAGCGAAUGGCCAUCUCCCAACCCAACAUUGCAUAUGCAGAACCACCUUGACCCCGAAAGUUCAGCAUCCUCAACUUCCUUCGGAGUACCGCCCUAUAGCAGUCCCCAACAGUAUCCCCCGCCAACUACAUCGUAUUCUUGCCCACAGGUGGUCACGCCUCUGUCCUACCACCCGCCUCCAGUUUGGUUUCCAGGAGCGGGAUGGGACGGCGGAGGGGACGUCGUUGCUUCACGGAAUAUUACGGUAUGCGAUCUCUGCUCCAAGAUGAUUUGCUGUGGCCGUGUUAGAUGUUGCGAAGGACUUUGAUUCCAUGAACAAUGACACGCUCUUACGAGCCGCCGCAGUCGCACACGGAGUGCCAUCUCUACUGCUUAAUCUCCUAACUUCCAACUACUCCAGAACUAAUACCUAUAUCCUUGACCCCUCUGCCUCCUUCUCUUUUCCUGCGCACUAACUGAAGCUAGUUCCUAUUCUGAUCGACAGCUUGGCUUCGAGCUGAAUGGAGUAACAGUGGACUGCAUUGCUUAUGCGGAUGAGCUCGUCCUGUUCGCUAAAUCACCUCACCGCUUGCAGCCGAGACUGCAUGGUCUGGCCAAUGGCCUCUCCCUUGCUGAUAUGGUUCUUAACUCGGCCAAGUGCGUCUCCUUCUACCUACAAGCGCUUGGAAAAGAGAAGAGUGCAUGCAUCCAACCGCGCGAUGUUUCAAUCGGGGGGAUGGUACUGCGCUCGUUAGGGUCGACGGACACUUUCAAUCAUUUCGGGGUGCCCUUUUCCUACCGCGGGAAGGUGACAGUAGGCCACCGUCCGGUCCUUUACAGAAUGCUCGAGAUCACCCGAGCACCUCUUAAGCCGCAGCAGCGACUUACUCUUCUGAAGCGUCAUUGCGUGCCUAUACUAUUGCACCAGUUGGUACUUGGAGCAGUGCAUCGCUACACGCUGAAACGGUUGGAUGCACAAGUGCGACAGGCGGUCCGGAAGUGGCUCAAGCUCCCGGCUGACACGCCGAUCUCAUUCUUGCACGCUGCUAUCCGAGACGGGGGUCUUGGUGUGCCAUGCCUGACAGCUCUCGUUUCCCCUGCUAAGCGCCGACGACUGGCUACAAAAGAGCCUGCAGUACGAGUGGCUGCCGCUGUCCCUUCUGCCUUUCCUGGUAUGCGGAUAGCAGUUCAACCAGUGCGUAUGGGUCAAUCGGUCCUGGCAAGUAAAAAGGACGCAAGGAACUACUGGAGGACCUCUCUGUAUGCUUCCGCGGAUGGUCGACCCCUCGCUCACUUUGCUGACUCUGCCGGUGCCAACCACUGGCUCUCUUCUCCUGACCGAGUCUUCCCAUGGCUCUUCUUGCGUGGCAUCCACCUUCGGACGGGUAUCCUCUCCACCAAGUCCUGCAAAUCCCGGAGAACAGGCUCUGAGGGCGUAUUGUGUCGAGGCCAGUGUGGCCAACGUGAGACCUUAUUCCACAUACUCCAAUGCUGUCAAGUGCCACAUCGUGCCCGAGUGUGGCGCCAUAACUUGGUCAUGAAGCUACUAGCAGAACGCUUGAUGAGAUGCUAGACCUGUUGAUUGAACCCCAUGUCCCCGAGGGCAAUUCGUACUGCAAACCGGACAUCGUCAUGAGCACGGAGAAUUCAAUCACGGUGACUGAUGUGGCCGUAGCGGGAGAGGACCUAAUGGACCCAGUCUACGCUGGAAAAGACCGGCGCUAUUCAGCGGGGAAAGUCAAGGUGAAUCUUCGGAGGAUCUUGACCAAACUAGCCAACACUACAGUGUCCCACGUACCAGCAGUCUUCUCAACCCGCGGCACUAUAUCCUCCCGUAGCGAAAGCCUACUGCGAUCACUCGGAUUAUCCAAGUUCGACCUGUCCGAUUUAUGCUUGGCAGUGGUUCCAGGAUCACUGAAAGCGUACGAUGUUUAUGUUCGCGAGCUGGCGGUGAUGGUGCUACCCGACGCGCAGGGACCCGUGGUGCUGAAUGAAGUCGGUGUCCAGAACCAUUUUGAUGGCCCCUCAAGUUUAGCUGGCUCUCAGUAG